AGCACACACUGUGGUCUAAACAUGAAGAAGCAGCUAAACUUGAUGCUCAACAAAUGCAAGAGCCUUUCAAGGCAGCUAGGGAGGUCAUCUUCGUACAGUAGCUCAAGCUCAAGAUCAAAAUCAAGUGAAGAAAGCUGGGGACAAGAGACGGUUUUUGUGGGGACUACAAGGAAGCGAUACGCCAUAAGUUCAGACCAGUUGAACCAUCCUCUGCUGAAUGCUCUCAUUGAUCAUGACAAGUCCAGGGAGUGUCCUGGUGGAGAAAUAUUGGUGAAAUGCGAGGUGGUUCUCUUCGAUCACCUUUUGUGGAUGCUUGACAAUGCAGAACCCCAACUCACUACUGAUUCAUUUGAAGAGUUGGCCAAGCUCUACGUGCUGUGACACUUGCUUUGCUUGCAUUCGUGGUGAUGAUUAUAAUUUUGCUUUGUUUCUAAGAUAUGAGCGUUCGUUCUGUAUAUUUUGAUUUCUUGUAGGAUCUUUAAUUUUGAUCUUUUUGUGACUAAGAUUACUUUUCGUUUGGAAGCAUGGAAUCCAUGCUUUGGACUUGGACUAA